UUCAGACGGACGUGUUUUUAAGGGCGUCUCUAUUUAUGGGGUUACCUUUAAGCCCAGGUUUGUACCAAAUGAACGGAUGUACAAAAGCUCAUAGAGGCGUAUUUGUGAUGUUGUGUCUUCAAGGGAAAUUACGAACUGCUUUAAUAUCUUGUACUUUUGUCAAUUCUUAACCAGUUCAGGGGAUUUUAGUGUGCUGCUGAGAGCCCGAAAGGUAAAUGGCUAAUGACUGGACGAUUAGAUUUCUAUUCCCGACAGAGGCAGAAAUUCUUCUCUUUGCUACCACAUCCAGACCGGCUCUACACCAAACCAGCCUCGUCUUCAACGGAAAGUGUGAGAAGUUUUACUUGUGGUAAAGAGGCCGAAGCGCGAAGCUGUUUUCACUUCUAUCUGGUGUAUAGAUUAAGAAUGCAUAGAGCUGUACCUCCACAUUCUUAAAAGUCUUCAUCGUGUGGUGCAUAAGGACAACUGUAGUACUAUGGUGUAUUGAAGAAAUAUUUUGUGAAUGUGCGGUUAUGAUCAGAUCAUGUUAUGUUAAAGAACCAGUGGUAAAAUACACGUGUUUUAAUUAAUAUGUGGUAUUAAAAUGCAUGUACUGUUACUUACAGAAGACUUGAUAUUUUGUGUUGACUACUAAUGCUUCUAGGAACUAUGACAAAUCUUGACCAUAACUUGGCACUGCUGUCUCCAUGUAUGUUCGCGAAUGAAAACAGUUCUGUUGAUAUCAGGCACUCCCAAGAAGCGCCUGCAUCUUGUACCUGGUGCCAUAAUGGUAAGACGACCUCGAAUAUCAAAACUGACAUUGUGGCAUGGUCGAGUCCUUCAGUAUCAACAAGUGAACCACCACCAUUACACGCUUCAACAACAGAAAAGUACUUUUGGAAGUCUUCAAAUUUUCACGAAAGAGAAUCAGUGGCUGAUGACAUUACUACUAACUGUUGCGGUGAAAAUAUCUCAAAAAUAUCUGGAGAAACGAAUAUAACUUGUUGGAACAGUGACUUGUUACUGGACGAUGAAGACACAACAGAUGUGAGUGUAGAGGAGUCGAGCCAGUGGAGCGAUGUUUUGUUUGCACACCCGGACGACAGCAGGGGCACAUGUCCAGAAAGGAGGAGCACAUCUCGGGCGAAGACGACGAAGGUCUCUACGGCCACGUACAAGCACGUACCGCACCGCGACAAGCCCCCGCAGCUGGUAGCACGUCGAAACGCUCGCGAGCGGCGCCGAGUACAAGCUGUCAACUCUGCUUUCAGUCGUCUGCGUAAAGUCGUGCCCAUCGAGAACAACAGAGGGAAGCGUGUAAGCAAAGUGAAGACUUUGCACAAAGCCAUUGAGUACAUCAACCAUUUGCAGGAUCUUCUGAUCCAAUGUGAUCCGACGCAGACGCUGAUGCCAAACAGUAAGGAUCCGAACAAGGAGAAUGCAGGGCAAUCAAACAACCGUUGGCGUCAUGGUAACACAUUCGACUCAGGUUUUAGGACUGGAGGAAGCCACGAUGAUACCUUGGAGGAUUUUCUAGAAGAUUUUGAAGAUGACAUCUAGUAAUUCCUCCACUUAAGUAGGGAUUUAUUCAUUCAACAGACUAUACUAAGAAAGAAAUCUAGUCAGUUAUGUAGCGCUACAUGUAAUAUAACUUAUAACUGUAUUGUUCCACUUAUAUUCGUUGUUACAGUACAUAAUUACGUUCCAUUGCGAAGUGCAACUAUAAGAAUAACACCAUUUUCUUAGUACAAGAAGCUAAACUUUGACAUGACAUCAAUCUGUCACUCUGUCACUUAGGCCAAAAUGUUUUAUUCAGAGCCCUGUUCACAAAGAACACUUUAUAGCAGAUGAAUCUAAAAAUAAAUAAAAAAUAAUUAAUUUUAUGAUUGGGAUAGCCUUUUUUUCGGAUGUAUAGGCCUACACGAACGCUUUGCAUCUGCAGCUUAUUGCUUCCGUUGUGAAUGAAGUUACAUCGUAUUUGCCUAACGAAGCUUCCAUAAGAACAUGGCUGAUAAGGCAAGCCCUGAGCUCGUAAUCACAAAGUGCUGUCAGCAAUGAGGGCACCCUGACCAAAUGUCACGGGGAAAGGCACCAGUCUUGAAUAGUAAGAUAGUUAUGCCGCACACAAGGUCAGCAACCUAGAAUUUUUCCGGGAAGGAAAACGAAUUAAUAAAUCAAUAAAUACGCAAGUAAUUUACUAAAUAAGUAAAUUACUGAACAAAUGAGUCAAUGAAGAAAUAAGUAAAUAAACAGGUGAGUAAAUGAAUAUAUAAUACACAAAUAAAUAAGGAAUGAUGCAUAAAGAAAUACAAAUAAAAGAAUGAUUUUUCUGCGAAGUGGAUUGCAUACGUAUAUUCAGUGCACCUGCUAAAAAAAAUAAUAUAAUAGGUCUAGGCCUAUU